AUGAAUCUACCUCAUCACGUAUCUAACUCAUUCUUUUUUAUAUCUAUCUAUCUAUCUAUCUAUCUAUUUAUUUCUGGUCUGUUACUACGUUAUACUGUUACGAUAUUAAAUGCUGUUAUUAUUACAAGGACAGACAUUGCUUGUAAGCAACGAGGUAAUUCCCUGCAAUCUCAAACUAUUAUUACCCAGGGACGCUGUGAAAUUCUGCUACAACAGGAAAUAAUUCCAUCGUUUCUUUCUUUCUCCUUUCACGUCGAGUUUCAAGUACAACGCUCCAGAGUUGCCUUACUGUCCGAGUUUUCUCCACACCAAAUCCGUACAAUAAAUAACAUUAUCUUUAUGUUUCUAAUCUAUCUAUCUAUCUAUCUAUCUAUCUAUCUAUCUAUAUGUUGUAAUCUAGAGAGGCUCAAAUCUAUCUAUCUAUCUAUCUAUCUAUCUAUCUAUCUAUCUAUCUAUCUAUCUGGUUUAGUCUGUAUAUAUUUUUCUAUUUCAGUCUGUUCACAUCUAUCUAUCUAUCUAUCUAUCUAUCUAUCUAUCUAUCUAUCUAUCUAUCUAUCUCAUCUGUUCACAUCUAUCUAUCUAUCUAUCUAUCUAUCUAUCUAUCUAUCUAUCUAUCUAUCUCAGUCUGUUCAUAUCUAUCUAUCUAUCUAUCUAUCUAUCUAUCUAUCUAUCUAUCUAUCUAGUUUAGUCUGUUUAUAUUUUUCUAUUUCAGUCUGUUCACAUCUAUCUAUCUAUCUAUCUAUCUAUCUAUCUAUCUAUCUAUCUAUCUAUUACAGUAUAUUUUAUCUAUCCAUUACAUAUUCCCAUCUAUCUAUCUAUCUAUCUAUCUGCGUUGAGGAUAAAUUUUAUUCCUUUUUUCUUGUUUUUUGCUUUCACUCACCUUUUCCAUAUCUAUUUUUCUUGGAAAAAUGCCUUUUCAAAUUUUCUCAACUACAAAUUCUUUUUCUAAACUUUUCUUUCUUCUCCGCUCGUCCUGCGCUUUAUAUUUACAUAAUAUCUAUCUAUCUAUCUAUCUAUCUAUCUAUCUUCCCGUAA